AUGUCAGGGCGCCUGUGCCAGGCCUCACACCGAGAGGACCACAGCCGCUGCAUCUGCCCCAGGACCUCGAUCAGGAGCUCGUUCUGGAGGUCAUUAGACAAUCAUGUUGUUACGAAGUCAGAGGAGAGACCUCACCACAGAUGCAAGAAAAGAAGCUCCUGCAGCAGCCUCCCUCCCCCUCCCCCUCCGCUGCAGCCGGGAGAUUGUGUGGUCGCGGCCGCACCCGACCCGGGGCCACUGCAGGCGUUUGAGCAUCUCUGCGCAGGGGUCGGAGAGAGAGAGGUGGAGCCGCGGGGAGGGCAGGCGACGGGACCGGGCAGACGUGAGCUGGUGCCCCGGGAGAAGCGGUGCGUCUGCGGGUGUGAGCAGGAGGGAGCAGUUCCUCCGGGGCAAACGGGGAGGGAGGGGGUGAGGAGGGGGGAGGAGGGGGGGGGGGGGGGGGGGGUGAGGAGGGGGGGGGGGGGGCUGAGGAGGUGA